GCCGCCAGAAGAGAAUGGGGCGAGACAGUCGCGCUGAGACCAAGAGCCGCGGCGGUUCACGAAUUCGUACCAGGCUGUUGCCGUUCACGUGACGGACGCGCGACCAUCGGCCGAUCUACCUUCCGCCGUCGCCUUAUGAUUCAAUCGCGCGAUCCGCCAAACAGAUUUGCUAUGCCCUGUCGUCAAUGGGCCAAAGUCUGCACCGCGCGCGUACGUUCUUUCGAGUUUAGCCCGCAAAAUUAAUAGAUAAUUCCGCGAAACGUUCUAUACUUCACAUUCAAAUUGGAGCUAUGCAUUCCUGUCGUUAUUCGACGAACAGUUCGAUCGCGGUAUAAACUGAUACAGCGUGUAAAGCGGAACAAUAAAACAAUAGUGUAACGGUGUUGUUGCGGAGUGUAUUUUAGCUGAAACCCGUGACAAAUGCUUAUAGUAUGACGUCAAAUGCAAUUAGAGGCAUCAGAAGAAAGAAGAGUUCGCUGUGCGAAGUUAAAGUAGCUGUGAUAGGAGCACCAGGAGUUGGCAAAAGCGCAUUGACAGUGAGAUUUCUGACGAGGAGAUACAUCGGGGAAUACGAUCAUCAAUCAGAAACCAGAUACAAACACGAGGUGCUAGUUGACGGGGAACCAAUUCUUUUUGAGAUUUUGGAUACGUGUCCAAAGAGCGAGGAUGAGCUACCGUCAAUGGAAACUUUACAAUGGGCGGACGGCUUGCUGUUGGUCUACUCGAUAACAGACAGAAAUUCUUUUACGUUUGUCAGAAAGGCAAAGGAAGCUCUCGCAGUAGCUGAUCCCGAGGCGGCGAUGCCCCUCGCACUUGUUGGAAAUAAAGCCGAUAUGGUUCACUUACGACAAGUCAGCGCCGAGGAGGGAGAGAUAUUAGCGAAGGAUUUCGAAUGUUGGUUUAGUGAAAUAACCGCGGCUGAGCAGGUUGCACAGGUUGCGGAGUCUUUCCAUGAAUUAUGCAGAGAAGUUCUCGCAGCUAGAAGAAGAAACAAACAAUCUUUGCUGGACAGAAUGCUGGGCGGUAAAGCGACACGUGCUUAUUCGCGAGGAAAAAGCGACUCUGCCUUACCGAAAGAUUAAUAUUGUUCUACAAAGUAUAUUACGAGGAGAAAAGAAAACUCUCAGAAUGAAAGAUCGACGUCUUUCAAGAAAUGUCAGAAUAGAAAGUAGAAUUUGGGAAUAAUUUACUAUGCAAUCAAUGAAAGCGGAAGUGAGAAGCACCAAAGGAAAUAUCAGCUUUUAAUCUGUAGAAUAAGGUUCAUAUCAAAUACUAUAGAAUAUGUACAUACUUUUAUAUUUGUCCGAUAGAAAAAUUACUCAAUUCGUAACUUAUGGCUUCAGAGUGCAUUAAAAACGCUCAGUUCAGGGAAAAGUGUAAUGUAGAAAAAGAUAAUUUCUAAUACUUCUAUUAUAUUCUUAUAUCACAAAAUAGUAAUAUAUUUUGUAACUUUUUUACUAUUCUCCACCAAAUUAAAGCAGUCGCUUAGAUUUAAACGAGGGCUGAUUGCGAGUGUGACCAAUCUACACAUAUAGUUUAUAUAAAUGUUGCAGCUUACACAAUUCUAUAUUUAUUUUGUAUUUACAACGUGAAGUAACAAUAAAUGUUUUACUUAUUUAUUA